AGACUCGUUUCUCAAUAUUAAUAUUGUCCCUCUUUCGCCUUCCAAUGGUGGACUAACAUCUCAUGUAUAUUAAACACAAAUCCCACAUCAUAGUAGAGGCGUAAUUUCCCUCACCGAGACCCGAAGACAAGCCCCAGUGUGGACAAAUCUGAUCCCCUGUGCGCGGAGUGUCAGCGGUCAGAGAGCUUAGAUCAGAUCACGGGGCGUGAGCUCGGACUGAGCCCGGGCGGAAAGAUCAUUGAUUCAACAACUCCGUCAAAUUCACGUGAUUACAGUUGGAUACUUUAUAAAAAUGAAUCGCGGAAAGCCGGUUGAUGCGACGCUUAUCGAAAUGGACCGGACUGUUUGGUCCAACGGUGGUGAGGAAAACAACGGCUUCCACACGAGUUUGGAUAAGGAAUCAUUUCAACUUGAAAGCGCUGUGGUUGAUAAACAUCACCAGAGCAAGGACUCUGUGUACUUUAGAGAUGGCAUACGGAGGAUAGAUUUUGUUCUUUCAUACAUCGAUGACAAGGAUGAAGUGAAGAAAGUGGAGCGAAGGAAGGAGUUUGAAGGUAACUUACAGAAAGCCGGACUUGAGCUGGAGACUGAAGACAAAUCUGAGUCAGAAGAUGGAAAGACAUAUUUCUUAAAGAUCCACGUUCCCUGGGAGGUGCUGGCAACCUACGCAGACGUUCUGAAAAUCAAAGUGCCUUUUAAAGCAAAUGAUAUUCCAGAAAAUAAAGAUGUGCCCAUGAGCUGGCUCUUUACACCCAUUCGUCUCCCUGAAAAUGUGAUGCACCCAGAGCCUGAUUAUUUCACCUACACAUUCGACAAGAGCAAGAUCGACUUUUUUCUCAUCGAGGAUAAAGACACCCUCUUCCCUCCAUCCACACGGAACAGGAUCGUGUAUUACAUCCUUUCCCGAUGUCCUUACAGUAAAGAAGACAAAGUCAAGAAGGGCAUUAAGAGGUUGCUGAACAACGGCACCUAUAUUGCAGCCUUCCCACUACAUGACUGUAGGUAUUGGACCAGGUCUCGAGAUCCAAACUGUGAGAGUGAACGCAAUGAACUGUACAAAUUCUGGGCACGUUUCAGUCGCUUUUACAAAGAGCAGCCACUCAACCUCAUACGGAAAUAUUAUGGAGAGAAGAUCGGCAUCUAUUUUGCUUGGCUGGGCUUUUACACAGAGAUGCUGUUUUACGCUGCACUUGUCGGCCUGCUCUGUUUUAUCUAUGGUUUGGCCACAUAUGACGAAAAUGUCUCGAGUAAGGAGAUUUGUAAUGAGACCAUCGGCGGGCAGAUCAUCAUGUGUCCUCUCUGUGAUAAAAAAUGUGGCUACUGGAAGCUCAACUCAACAUGUAGUUCAUCAUGGCAAUCAUAUCUGUUUGACAAUACGGCCACGGUGUUCUUCGCAAUAUUCAUGGGAAUAUGGGUGACUCUGUUCCUGGAGUUCUGGAAGCGGCGUCAGGCACGGUUGGAGUACGAGUGGGAUCUGGUGGACAUGGAGGAAGAACAGCAGCAGAUGCAGCUCAGACCGGAGUACGAGAUCAAAUGCACAGACCGCAGGCUCAACCGCGUCACCCAGGAGAUGGAACCUUAUUUACCCGCAUCAACCCAGUGUGCACGCUCAGUAAUGUCUGGGGUCACCGUCCUGUUCUGGAUCUGUCUUAUCAUCGCUAGUAUAAUCGGGGUGAUCGCGUACCGUCUGGCCGUGUUUGCUGCCUUCGCCAGCGUUAUGAAGGACAGCCCCACCAAUAAGCUGGAAGUGGUUGGGUCAUUAAUCACACCUCAGCUUGCUACAUCUGUAACCGCUUCCUGCAUCAACUUCGUCAUCAUCAUGAUUCUGAACUACCUGUAUGAACGGGUGGCCAUUUGGAUCACUGAUAUGGAGGUUCCCAAAACUCACCUGGAGUACGAGAACAAGCUGACGGUGAAGAUGUUUCUCUUCCAGUUUGUCAACUACUAUUCAUCCUGUUUCUACGUCGCCUUCUUCAAAGGCAAAUUUGUGGGUUACCCUGGAGAAUAUGAGUACAUGUUCAGCAAGUUGAGCGGCCUGAGAAAUGAAGAGUGUGAGCCUGGCGGUUGUCUGAUUGAGUUAACCACUCAGUUAGUAAUAGUCAUGACGGGGAAACAGGUGUGGGGGAACAUACAGGAAGCUCUCGUACCUUGGCUGCGUAACUGGUGGGUGAGCAGGAAUGCCCGAAAUCACCCAGAGAGUCUGUACAGCCGCUGGGAACAGGAUAAUGACCUCCAGUGUAUGGGGCAGCUCGGACUCUUCUACGAGUACCUGGAGAUGGUUAUCCAGUUUGGCUUCAUCACCCUGUUUGUGGCGUCUUUUCCUCUGGCUCCGCUGCUUGCUCUCAUUAAUAACAUGGUGGAGGUGCGAGUGGACGCUUGGAAAUUCACCACUCAGUUCCGCAGGCCCGUGGCUGCCAAAGCUCACAGCAUCGGUGCAUGGGAGGAGAUCCUCAACAUGAUUGCCGUUUUCUCAGUGGUCACCAAUGCCUUCAUUGUCUCGUUCACAUCUGACAUGAUCCCACGACUGGUGUAUCUGUACACGUAUCACCCGGGAACUGAGAUCACCAUGGAAGGAUACAUCAACAACAGCCUCUCGGUCUUCAACAUCUCAGAGUUCCGACCCGAAAACCGCCCGGAGGACGGAGAGAACGAGUGGUUUAACAGCCUUAAUGUGACCACAUGCAGGUACCCUGAUUACCGCUACCCACCCGGACAUGAGAAACAGUACAAGCACACCAUGCAGUUUUGGCAUAUUCUCGCUGCCAAAAUGGCAUUUAUCAUCAUCAUGGAGCAUGUGGUGUUUGUGGUGAAGUUCUUUGUGGCCUGGCUGAUCCCUGACGUGCCGUCGGAUGUGAAAGCUCGUAUAAAGCGCGAGCGCUACCUGAUUCAGGAGUAUCUGCACGACUACGAGCUGGAAAAGCUUAAAGUCCAGCUCAGACAGAACAGGGAGAACAUCGAAGAGUGUACAUGUCCCACCACAGCCGCCCCACCUGUGAAACUUGAGGUGUUUUCUGACUGUCUGACCUAACACAAACACAACCAGACCUCUCUAAACCACAACACAAUACAAUCUCAAGGCCAAUGAGAGAGAGGCCCGUGUUAUAAUGCGCUCUGAAAUCACCAUGCUUGCUUUACCCCACUAGUCCAUAAUAACGUUUACAUUAUUCAAACGGAUCACAGUAGUUUCACACUGUGUUGACUCAUCAGGCUGCUUGAUUGAUUUCAGUCAUGUGACCUCCAUAAGUCGACCCUUAUGAAAGGGCCCCCUCUUAGAACCAAGUCUUCCCAAUAGGGAUUGUUAAAUCUGAAGUUUUUUAAAUAAAAUAGUUAUGAAGUUAAAGCCAGAUUUAAAUGCACUAUAGACAUAUCUUAAGCCAUAUGACUUCUGCUCUCACUUGUUUGCUGAAAACGCGAUCUAUGCAGUCUCCUCAAUCCUUGGUUUUGUUUGAUUUCCGUGUCAACGUUCUCUGCUGGUGUGGCCAUUUUCUCUUAUAUGACAAAGAUAAAGUGUGAGCUGUUUAUAUGUUCUGGUAAACACUGUGUCAAGGCCAGAAAGCUAAGGGGUGAAUCUCAUCAAAGCAUUUCUAGUCUCAUAGUUUAAAUCAAAAGAACUAAAAAGGUAAGACAUUUUAUUUUGCAUAAAGAAAAAGAAGGCUGUUUGGAACUAAAUGUUAUUUUUGUAAUGCAUUUUGUUCCCUAAACUCAAAUUAAAAUAUUAGAUUCUCAUAACCACAUUGCAAAAGCAAAAAAAUUAUCACAAAAAAUUGAGUAUAUUGUCAGUACAAUAAUUAAAAAUGCUAUUGAUUCUCAUUACCGUAACCCCAAAACGGUGAAUUCUCAUAAUCGUAUUGCAAAAACUGUAUAUUCUCAAUACCAUAAUUCAAAAAAUAAUAGUAUUACCAAAAUGAAUAAGAGAAGAUUGAAAUUACAGUAAUUCAAAAUGCUAAAGAUUGUCAUUACCGUAAGCCUAAAACCGUGAAUUUUCAUAACUGUAAUGCAAAAGUAAUAUAUAUUUUCAAUACCAUAAUGCAAAAACAAAAAAUAAUAGCCUAACCACAAUGAAAAUGAGUAGAUUGUCAUUACAGUAUUUAAAAAAGCUAUAGAUUCUCAUUACCGUAAACCCGAAACCGUGAAUUCUCUGUAACUGUAAUGCAUAAAAAACAGUAGAACCUCAUUACCAUAACAGGACAACUUAAGGUUCACUAUCAUUAUUCUCAGCUAUCACCACAAACUGAAAGAAUAUCAAUUCACAUUAAAAACUAAUGUGUCUAAUAGUUCGGAGUGAAAUAUAAUUCGGACAUGUUCUUACCAGCUUUCGUGAGAUUCAUCUUUAGAGAAUCGAAUCAGUUGUGUUUGAACACAGCUUCUGUAUGAAUAUUUAGUUCUUCUGAAUGCCUUUAAGCAACCAAAGCUAAAAUGCCUUAAAACCUUCUAACAUCUGCAUGAAUGUUCGACAUUAUGUAAAAUAGAUUAAGAUAUUAAUAUACAACUGAAGUUUAAUCUGUUUACUGUUUGAAUUCAUGUACAAAGAAAUGUAAAUUAUAUAGAUGAAGUUGUGAGGAGGAAAAUAUUUUAAGUUAUUACUGUAUGUACUUUUAGUAAAUUCUCUUAUUGAUUUAUAUAGACAAACUGCCACGCAAAAUUUAACAGUAUUAUUUCAUAGUGCAAUGCAGCAUUUCUGCUGAUUCUGUGACAGACAAUUUCCAAUGCCAUAUUUGUUUUCUUGCUGGAAAUAUAAUUCAAAAUAAUGCUCUAAACCAAAUAUGAGGAUGCAUACAGCACAUAUGCACACUGCAUGUUAUACUUAUUAUUUUACAGAGCUGAUUGUUACAGGCAAUCACCUUAUUAAACCUUUAUAACAACAAAUGAGAAAUAUAUAUUUUCAAAGCCAAAGUGCUAAUUCAUAUAAUGUGCCUUUGUUUCUCCGAAAAUGAAGUCCAGGUGGAGUGUUCAAUCAUUUUACCUUCCAUUUCAUUUACUGUAUCGUCCUUGUGAGAGAAGGAAAAAGCCACGGUGGCAAUUAUUUUCUUAGUUUUUUUGCACAAAGCACUUGUUGUCUGAUUUACAAUGCUCAGUGUUUUGAAGCAGGUUAUGUGCAGUUAAGUGAAUAUGCAGUUGUAUACAAUAAGAAGUUUAGGCUGACUGUAUGUUUCGUGUGUCAGUUGGAUCAUGCCUUUGUCGUUUAAUUUGACAUUGGCCUAGAGCGUUAACAAAAUUAGCAAUGAAAAUUCAAAUGAUGACCAUCAAAAGUUAGGAUUGGUUUGACGUGUAAUGAUAGAAGAAAACUGAGCACUUCUAUUUUGCUUUAAUUUGUGACGUGAAUGGUUUAAUUGGAAUUCAUAUUUUAUCCGUAGCCUAAAUGUUAUUUCCAUCUCUGGUUGUAAUAUGAAGAAUUUAAUCGUUGUUUUCUCAUUUCAAUUCAUAAAAAAGUAUACUGUCUGAAUUGUUCACUAUUGACAAUCUGGAAUCUGUGCCGUAAGGUAUAAUAAUCCAUCCUUUAGUUAAGGAUGGUCAUGACCUUAUCAUUUCAAAUAGAUUUUGAACUUCUGAAGAUAUUCUCAAUGAUCAAAAGUGUUUCUGCCUUAAUUCACUUUCUAUCUUUUUAGAUUUUUUUUUCAUUUUGAUUCAUUUAACUGCUUCCAUGUUUUUCUCUUCUGAUUUUGACAUGGUUAGCAUGGUUAUCUAGGAUGUGUAUUUGAAUUUGUGUGUGUGUGUUUUUCUGCAUUGCUCUUAUGUACUCAGAAAUGUACUCAGUUUUUCAUACUUUGUCACCCGAAUAAACUAUUAAAUCCAGACAA